AUGAUUCUGGAGAGAAGGUUGCUGGCAGGCUGGGUGUGCCUACUCUUCUGCCUCCAUGGGGCCAAUGCAGGCUUGACCAGGUAUAGAAACAUUCGACCCAAGCCAGACAAGGUCAUGAAGCCAUGUGUUUUUCCAUUCAUCUAUGAGUCUGUGAGUUAUGAUCACUGCACAACAACGAAUAGCGACUAUGCCUGGUGUUCAGUGGAUUCCAUCUUCAAAGGGAAGUGGCGCUACUGUACUAGUACAGACCCCCCAGAAUGUAAGUUUCCAUUCCUCUUCGGGAAGAAGCUGUACCAUGACUGCACGGCGGAUGGAUAUGUGCUGGGCAGGACCUGGUGUGCCCUGACAGAAAACUACAACUUAAACGGGUUGUGGAAACCGUGCUCGCCCAAUGGUGAGGGGGAAAGGAAGGGGGCGGGGUGUGAGCUCUGUGAUCUGAAGAGUGAAUGA